AUGGUAUUUAUGGAGGUUCCCGCCAUUCUCAUGCUGUUGGCUGUAAGUGCUCAGCUGUUGGGAACAACAGGUAAGCGGUGGACGGUAAAUAAUAUUUACCACUGAAAAACUUUUUCAUCCCAUUUAAAUACCUCCCCACUUUGAGGUAAAAGCCUAUCUAAGAAUGAUUCAACGGCACUCAUCUAUUCUAGUCGACAGAAGAGCUUUAGAUUUAUGAUCUCUCUUAUUUCCAAAUAGAACGCUUUCGCCUAGUCUUAUAAUUAUACAGGGCUCUUGUCCCCUAUGGGGCUCUUGUCCAUGUAUGACUUUGCUCAUCAGAGGGCUCCUUGUAAGUUAUUUAGUAAAGAAAUAUACCUCAAAAUCAGUUUGAACUGAAUGAGGCUCAGAUUUCCACAGACGUCGCACUUAGCAAAAAUUUGAUGUUUUUUGAUGUCUGAAACGUUUAUUUUAUUUUUUUCAAUUUAUUUUCAGAUUCGGUUGAACGAUGUAAGCGGUACCCAAACCCAACGCACGGGCGCGUGGUUUGUGAUAGCUUGUUUCGUUUGUUUUGUGCUCCCGAGUGUGAUGAUGGUUUUGUGUUUGAGUCAAAGCCUGCAGUGGUGUACAUGUGUGGACCUCUCACCGGAGAGUGGUUCACUUAUCCCGAAGGACAAACUAUCCCCUGGCCUAAUUGUCGGAGAAGAAAAAGGUAAAUCAAACCUCAGUGAAAGGUUGAACUAGACAAAGGGAAUAAGUAUCAGAAGAAACUCUGUUGCUGCGCCGGUGGGACUAUAUCAAAGUAAUUUGGUUGAUCUACUAAGUUAAUAGUGUAAUUUGGACGCCGUAAAAAGUUUCCAUAAAAUUGAAGUUUCGAGUGUUAGCCCUUUUUUGUUAUAAAUUUUUGUUAGAGAUUAUUAAGGAUACAAAAAGAAAUUUGAAUUAUUGACAAGGAAGCAAAAUUAUGGAUAUUCCAUUUGGGCCUGGAAGGUAUAAAUAGCAAUAAACAAUGUUCAGGUGUCUUUCGCUUAUAAUUUAUUUAGAUUUUCGAGACCAAUUUUAGUUAGGUACUCACUUAUUCGGUUGGAAAAUAUUAAAUCAAUCGCAUUCUUGAUUUAAUAUCUACUUGAUAGGUCAUACUUUUUCAGUCAACACUCUUCUUUUCUCGUUAACAGCCUAGAAAGUACAACAACAAAAGAUCUAACGGCCCGCAGAGCGCAGAUUGCUGCGAAAAUUCAUCAGACCUAUCAAGCGGUCUUACCAAAGAAUCAGCAAAUGCAACUUGUGCAGACUGGUCAACAAAACGCCAGGUGAGACUUGCAGUUUUGAAGUAUCUCAUAUCUGCCUCGUUAAGUUUUCCUAACUUCCAAGGGUGAAUUCUGAACAAGAGAUCUGAAGAAAAUGUAAUGGUAUAUGAUGAAUUUGUUUGUUUUAGUGGUCGGUUAGCUCACUCUCUGUCAUUUCUUUUUAGGCUGACGUAUUGUCAGAGUUGUUUGCUUUGUCUGCACUAAGCUUAAGUGCUUAAGUGCAUCGUUUUAAGGUUUAAAAUGAAAAAUAGAAAGGAUACGAAACAUUCCCUUAUUUCUUGCUUAUCGAACCUUUUUUAAACUAUGCAGGAAAAUGAGCCGAUUUUCCCAGACCAUAGCCAUCAAUAAAAAAACUGGUCCGUUUCGCAGUGAGCUUAACACAUUAAUCAUAUAUAUAUAUAUAUAUGUAUAUAUAAAUGUGGGGGUAGAGUCUAUCUUGGCAUAAAGUGCUCAAUGCUGUCAGUAAGUGAAAGAAUCAAAGAGGCUCUGUCUGACGAGCGCUUAGGCGUGAAACUCAGAGUAACAGAGAAUCGAUGCGUCUUCUUUGAUUCUUUCACUUGUAUAUAUAUAUAUGUAUUUACAUAUAUAUAUAUUUAACAAAUAGAUUCCAAGUUGCUGUGCGUCUGUUCAGUAAUAGAUCACAGAUGACGUCAAAAUGUGGUAAGAACAUUUUGACGUCCUCUGUGAUCUAUUACUGAACAGAUGCACGGCAACUUGGAAUCUAUUUGUUUUAUAUAAUAAAGAAUUAAAAAAAGUUUUAAUGAUGACGUCAUCUAUACGUCUGGCCUCCAAUAGAUCAUUAGUGAGAACCAAUCAGAAUGCGUGCAUAACUGAGCUUGUUAUAUAAUAUAUAUAUAUAUAUAUAUAUAUAUAUAUAUAUAUAUAUAUAUAUAUACAUACAUAUGUAUGUAUAUGUACACAUAUAUAUAUUCUAUCUGUAGGGAAGUGUAACCUGCUUGAAAUAAGACUGUUCUCAGCUCUCCACCAGACACUUUGAAUUUGAUUUUUCCGUAGAUACAUUCAUCUAUUUGAUUACAUUCAGCGUGCCCAGCAGGUAUACAGUGAUAAACGAGCUCUUCCCACCCUGGGACUUAAAGCCCUAGAAAUACAAAAACAGCAGCAGCUAAAAGUACAACAGCAACAAAGACAAAAGCAGCUAGCACGAUUCGAACAGCUGAGCCAAAAACAGAAGGACAUGCAGCCACAGUUGUCGAGCAAACGAUUUUUUACGCCGAUGCAAGAAUUAAGAAAGCGCUUGGAUCAAAGCUCUCCCCAAGAAAUGGUGGACAAACAACGCCAACAGCGAGAAGCGUUCGAGUUAUUGGAUACAAAUAAUUAUAACGUGCAAGGUAUGAGUACGGAGAGAAUUUCUACGAAUCAAAAUUUACAAGGAAGUUUUCAACCGAGGGCUGUUUCUAGGUCCAAGACUGUGCCACCAAAACGUGGUACCUCGGUAAGCGUUCUUUAUCCAAAAACUCCUCAACAAUUUUACCCAAGACCCAGUAUUGACAGAAAAAUUCCGACAAGUUCCAAAGUCACUACCUUGGCAGCUUCAGAGCUAAACCAGCAGCAAAUCAAUCCAAUAUUGGAAACAUAUUCACCUAAGGGUCUUACCUAUACUACACUGAUAUCAUCGGCGGUUGACAGAGAGGUUUUGGAUAAAAGUCGAGCGACAGCUACUGAAAUCAUGCCACGUUUGGCCUCAUGGCAAGCUGCCUUGUCUCCUCCAUUGCAACGGUCAGAAUUUCAAAAAACAUCAAAAGCCUUAGACCAAAAUCUCAAACAUCUGACUUUGCAACCCCUUAAAGAUAAUCAGAAAAACGUUCAUUCACCAUUUUCCAACGAAAUCACAUCCCUUGGAGUUAAUAUGAAACGUCUCAGCCAAUCACAAAACAGAAUUCAAGUGCAAGUGGAAAGCCCCGUAGCUGCUCCUCUUAGCAAUUCAGGAUUUAGCAAAGUAUCAUCAAUACGGAAUCAAAAUGUCCAAGACGUCAAUCUCCAGCCUGUUAAAGUAAACGGCGAAAAAGCCGAUUCCUCCAUUAUUGAUGAAACAAAGUCUCUCGGAAUUAAUGCGAAUACUAUCAACCAAUCACAAGACAGAGUCCUGUCACUUACAAGAAGCCCAUCAUAUGCUUCCUCAAGGAAGGGAUCCAAUCUACAGUCUUUGCAAAAAACUAAGGGUCCACUCCAGCAGUUCUCAGUUAAACCAGCUACUUUAACUUUACAAGCAAAAAAUAGGAGCACGUUGGGUAUGCAAUUAAGACUUCCGUUAAACAUAACGUCACCAUUAGCAAAACAAGGAUACUUGAAGGAUGCAGUAAAAGGUCAUCCACAUGCAAAAUCCGCAAAAAAAGAAAAGUUGUUUUAUUUUCCAAUCAAAAGAGACACUUUAAUAAGUUUGUUACCUAUGCAUCUUCAAGCGAAAUACAGAUCUCUUCGUGAUACCAGAAAUGAAAACUCAACGCAAAUAGUAUCCCUCAGCAAAAGUAGUGAAAACUCAACAGUAAAAAUGGAAGACAUAAAAUCGCCGGAUAUUUCACUAAAAAAUGGUUUCCAUAUUUCACAAUACAAAUACUCCGUUGAACAAAUCAAAACAGGAAAUGACAGUAUAACUGAAUAUUUUUAUUUACCCUCGAAAAUAGCCAAAGCCUCUAGCAUCAACAGUUCCGUAAACGACCACUACUCCCUCAAGAAAGAUUCAGUUGGAUCAGAGGACGGGACCGACUAG